GAUCGACGGCGCGCACACGCCGUGGCGCGCGCGGCCAGACAACACUGGAGCCCUAUGGAGCCCCCCUCGUUCCCCGCCGGUGGCCCCCAGACCGUGAGAGCGGCCCCCGGCAGCGACGCACACCUCGUGGUGCCUGCGCCCUCGGGCACCGCGCCCUUCCACUUCCAAUGGAGUCGUGCCGGGGCGGCGCUGGAGGGCCGGUUUGCGUCAUCCGAGGAGCCUGGCGCCGUACGACUCACCGUAUCAGCCGCGCGCACCGACGACACCGGCCUUUACACCUUGCAGGCGAGCAAUGCCGCGGGCAGUGACACGGCGCGCGUGCGGCUUGAGGUGUCAGCGGACGAGGCCCCCACCGGCGAAGACCCGCCCACCUUCCUGCGCCGCCUGCAGGACCUCACCGUGAAAGUGGGCACCAGGACACGCUUUCUCGUCGAGAUACUGAGUAACACUGAGUGCAAGGUAACAUGGUACCGCAACGAGAGGCGUCUCCUGGAGGCGGAGCGGGUGUCUCUGGCCCGCGAUGGUAACUUCUGGUGUGCCGACGUGGCCGCCGUCAGCGUCGAUGAUGCCGGCCGCUGGACCUGCACCGCUGAGAACGCGGGCGGCCGCGCCAGCUGCUCCGCUCAUCUUAAUGUGCUUGUACCGAAGGCCUACAAACGUCCAGAAUUCGUGGAGGAGCUCCGCGCGCUGCUGACGGAGCUGGGCACCGUCUCACUCGAGUGCAAGGUGGUGGGAGUACCCACGCCUGUGCUGCGCUGGUUCAAGGACAGUCGUGAGAUAAAGGCUGGUGAUGUGUUUGCGCUGACCGCCAAUGCUGACGAUCCCACGUCGCUCGGCACCUACACCUGUGAGGCAGUAAACUGCAUGGGCCGGGCAUACUCUUCCUCGAAGGUGCAUGUCGUGGGCCGAGCGAGCAGGGAGGGCUCCACUAGACCGGCUGCCAGUGGCAUCACAGGUGAGCCCCCACCGAUCUUCACGCGGGAGUUGGAAGACCAGUUCGCGAGGAUUUGCGAGCCGCUCACCCUCAGCUGCCAGGUGGUGGUGCCGCCGUGGCCGCGCUCCGUCGUCUGGUACAACAAGGAAGGAAAGGUCGAGCCUAGCGAAAGAUACCAUGUAUUGGAGGACGGAGUGGGCGGGUACAUGCUGGAGAUCCCGAGCGCCGAGUGGGCCGACGAGGGCGAGUGGAAGUGCGUCGCGACCAGCAGCGGAGGGCGAGUCGGUAUCUCCACUUGCAUCGUGUCCAUGGAUGUUCCGAAAAACUACAGAAAACCGCGCUUCAUGGAGAACUUGCAAGCUGUGCUGACUGAAGAGGGAUUGGUCUCCUUCGAGUGCAAGGUGGUCGGGUUCCCAACGCCAGUGCUUAGCUGGUUCAAAGACGGCCAGGAGCUAAAGCCGGGAGACGUGUAUCAACUCACCGGUACCAACUCUCUGGGCUCCUACUGCUGCAUCGCCAGGAACUGCAUGGGCCAGGCCAGCAGUUCUGCCGAGCUGACAGUAGAAGACAUCCAAAACCAGUUGAAUGAAGAAGAGAAGUUGCAAUUGUUCUCCAAGAAUCAAGCACCGAAGUUUGUUCAGGGCUUAAAGAGUGUUGAGUCGAAAAUCGAUGAGCCAUUCCGAUUCACUAUCAAAGUUGCCAUUCCGCCUGAGCCGUCAGUCCUUUGGUAUCGGGACGAUCAGCCGGUGGAUGAGUCCGCCCGCUGCCACCUUGGAAAAGAGGAGCGCGGGGUUUUCUUCCUCGACAUCGAAAACCUCGAAUUCCUUGAUCAGGCUGAGUGGAAAUGCGUUGCCAUGAAUGAUUUCGGGCACAGUGUCACCUCAUGUUUCCUUAAACUCAUUAUACCAAGACAUUACAAAAAGCCACGAUUCCUCGAAAACCUACAGGCUAUUCUGUCAGAUGAAGGCGCAGUAAACCUUGAGUGUAAAGUCAUAGGUGUCCCGCAGCCGGUCCUCAAAUGGUACAAAGAUGGGGAAGAACUUAAACCUGGGGAUAUACACAGGAUAAUAUCUGGACAGGAUGGCACUUGCUGCCUCGGCACUUAUACCUGCGAAGCAUCGAACUGUAUGGGUGUGGCGGCUAGUUCCGCCUCACUACUCGGCUUUGAAGACUCAAUGAAAGCGAAGGAAAAGAAAAAAGCCGAAGAACAAGCUCUGCAAAGAAAUCUAUCUUUGAGUACUAUACAUGAAGAGAGAACUUCACAAAUGUAUGAUACGCCAGUCGGAGACAUUACUCUUGACGAUAAGGGCGAAAUUUCUUUCUCAUUCGAUGGUAAAGAGGUGUCUGUAUCCCUUUACGAAACUCCUGAUUUGACUGAAGAAGAAGCGUUGCAAAUUGUAGAAAUGUACGCUGACCAGUUGUCAGAAAAUGUCACUGAACAUAACGUGGUGGAAUUGCCUCCUUUGAGAUUCGUUAAGGAGACUUCGACAUCUGGUAAUUUAUUAAUGGAAGCAAUAAUCAUCGAUGUGUCUCCUGAAUAUUUUACAUCUCCAGAAGAAGAUUUACGGACAGAGGCGGAUGUUGAAGAUAUAUCUAUAGCAGACGAGAAUGGCCCUCCGCAACUAUCUUUAGAUCAAGAUAUUGAUAUAGCCGGUGAAGAUUAUCUGGAAAAGACAAUGGCUCUUCUCUCCGAGGAAAAAGCUGACCUGCCACUGAAAUUAAUAAGGAAAAAAUCUGACUCACAGAGAAGUGCGGAGGAUUUUUUCAGUUUAUCUCGGGAACAAUCGCUUUCUGAGGAGAAGCGAGAUGAUGACACACAAGCCCUGUCGGAAAGUGAACUGCAUAGUUUCGCCAGCGCUCAUAGCUCAAGCAAACCUAAGUCAAAGUCUUCGAAGCCAUCUGUUGAAGAUGGGCAGGAGUCAUCAGAGCCAACUAAAACUAUACUCUUCAAAGAUGAGCUUCGUAAGUCAGUGGAAGUCGAAGUUGAACCGGCUACUGUGAAACCAAAACGCGAACGGCGUACCAGUCGCGGUUCAAGACGUUCAAGUUCAGGUAGCGAAAAGUCAAUAAGCCGAUCAAAAGAAGAACCUGUGAAAGUAAAAUCUGAAGUAAAGACUGAAACAGAAGCUCCUAAGAAACCUUCAAUGACUGGUGAAGAAUUCAGAACCAAAAUGUCUAAUGUCAGUGCUUCUCUAACGCAAGUUAUCAAUGAUGUUCAGCUUAUCGAAAGAGAUAUUAUAUUAAAGUCAGAAUUAAUGUCCUCUGCUGCCACAGCUUCAAGAAGUUUAGAGUUAAUCAGUAGUUUAAUAACACCCCUAUCUGAAAUACACAGUAUAGCUGAUGCUGCCAAAGAAACCGCAACGGAGUCCAAGGAAGUGAGCAGUACAUUAUUCAACAGACUUCCUCAAUCACUAAAGUCUCUUCAUCAGUCUCUCACAAUUAUAGAAAAGUGUAUAGACGUAGAAAGUGAUAAUAGGACAUUAGUGAAAAAAACAUGCGUUUCAUUUAUCGAGAACUGUGGUGCCGAAAUUCAAAAAUUAUCAUCUGAGAUAAAGUCUGUCACAAGUACCGAUUACUUAACUACGGACGAUAAAGUGCUUUCUGAGAUUGACUCUCUGACCAAAGAAAUGUCAACGGUAAUCAAAUUUUCCGCUGAUACAAUAAAAGCUAAAAAUUUGUUAAGUGAAGCAAGUGAAAUUAAAGUGGAAGAGCCUUCACUUCAGACAAGGCAUUUGAGAGAUACGCAAAAAGCAGUCUUUGAGCUUCGGACUCCGUUAAACUCUUUACUUCGCAUUGUGGAAAGUGCAGACAGCGGCAAAAUAGUAGAAAUUUCUAAAAUAAAGAGUAGUGAUGUUAUACUUAACGAUAUGUCUGCUUCGAUUCAGGACUUGCAAACUUCUUUAGAACAGAUAGAAUCUCUCUCUGUGAAAGAAUCUACUUCGCCAGCGUUACAGAAAUAUAAUACAGAAAUUAUUGAAACAGUCGUGGAUUCAAUUUUAAAACUGAGAAAUUCAUUUGAAAAAUUGUCUACGGACACAAAAGUAGACGACAAAAUAGCACUAAAAGAAACAAUAAAAUCAAUUAAAGAAAAUCUGAAUGAAAUCUCAACGCAAAUAGGCACAAUUGAGAGAAAUGUUGGCACCUUCGAUGUAUUACAGAGCGACAAUAAAUUGGACGUACUCCAAAAGAUGGCUCAAAUUCUGAUCACGUUAGAAAACAAUUUACCAAGAUUAGAAACUAUGCCAGAAGUUAAAACACACAUGGAGUCAUUCCACAAGAAUUUAACAAAAGUGCUAGAAAACGUUAUAGAAAGUAAUGAAGCUAAGAAAUAUUUUACAUUAAUGGAAAUAUGUGAUGCUGUCAAUAGAAUAAAUAGCUCCAUUAAAGACAUAGAUACCGAAAAUGUACUACCUCUUGCAAGUCUUAGUAAUACUCUGACAAUUAUUAAAGACAACUUUGUAAAUAAUGUUUUUGAAUCUGAACUCAAUUGCUCCGUACUAACCAACAUUACAGAUGUUUUAGUUGGUAUACAAGAAGCUAUAAAUAAGGCUGAAGAAGUUAGUUUCCAAGUUGAGUCAGAACAUAUUCAAGACUUGUCUCCUCAAGUAUUUGAUGCGAUGAGAGCCAACAUGGUGGUAGAACAUAUAGAUCAAACAAUAGCAGCUAUAAACACUGUGAGGUCAAUUGAAACCACAACAGAAGCUAAGAGCAGUUUUGCUCCAGUUUUGGAAACUAUAUGUCCUGUGUUAGAGGAUCUUAGGAAAUAUAUAGCUUCGGUAGGAACCCUAGGAACAGAACAUGAUGAGCAUAUUUCUGAUAUAUCUGAGGCGUCGUUUGCAGAAACUAUUGCAACACCUCUUUGUGAGUUGAAUCAGAAUCUUAUUGUUCUGAAUCAAAGUAUAGUUGAAAAUAUUGUAAGUUUAAAAGAGAGUAACGUUAUAAUAUCUGCUGUUGCUGAACCAUUAUACGAAUUACAAAAGACUUUGGAAAUUAUACAGCAGGAAGUCAUAUCGCAAUAUGGUGAAGACUUGACACCGUACGAGAUUAGUGUAAAUAUGGCCAGUGCUGUACAGAAUCUGCAAAGCUGUAUAUUGAUGAUUCAAGAAGAGGCAGGCGUUGAAGGAUUGGAUGAAAUGUCAACGCUUGAAGACAUCUCUGGUAUUAAAACCACAGCUGACACGAUACCUUCUGAUCGCUUAGUGGUUCCUACUGCUGAAGAAACUACUACAGAACAAAAUUUGGAGACCUUUAGUGAAGAAGUUCCAAAAUCUGCUACUGCGAAAGCGUUACACACUCUGAACGAACAUAUCGCCAUUUUACAAAACCCUGAGAUCUUAGAUGCACUGGACACACUAUCAGAAGUAAGUGAUUAUUCGAGUCUUAAGUCAGUCGCUUUGGGACUAGGUGAGUUGCAUUCAGGAAUCCAAGAAAUACUCCAUCCGAUUAUAAUGGAGGGAUCAAGUGAUAUUUCAAAUUUAGUCAACAUUUCAAAACUAGCUACUAUUGCACAGCCGCUGCACGAGCUCCAACAAAGUCUAUCUGUAUUAGAAAUGAAUAACAUUCCAAUUUAUGAAAAUAUCUUAGAGUUACCCGCGGAAAAAUUACAUUCCGUAAUUGAAAAAAUAACAGAUUUCAAAGAGCAUUUAGACAAAUGUGCACAGGCGAUAUUCCCUGCGAUUGAACUCGCUGAUCAAUCCAUCGAAAUAUCAAACAAAAUCGGUACUUUAAGAGAACUUUGUGAGCAUUUGAAAGAUAUUAUUGUAGUAACUAAAGAUGGGUCCAGCGAUGUACCAGCUUCAAAAGAAGUAGAAGCUCUCGAAGUAGUAGUUGAUACUCUUAUUGAAGCAACGGACCCCAUGACAGGCAUUACAAUUGAAAAAGUUAAAUCUAUAACCCAAGAAUUAUUUAAGAAAGUGCUUGAAGUGCAAGAAGAAUUAAUUCAAUUCAUUCCACAAUCUCCGGAAAAGUUAGCGAGAGAAGCAAAAUUGAUUGAUGGCAUGGAUGAAGUAGAAAAGAGCAUUGCAGUUCUCCAAGAAUACGACUUUGUUGACUUAUCUCGGGUGUCUGAUAUCACAUCGUGCACUUCCCCGCAACUAGCAAUGGAGAUUGACUCCGAUUCUCUUAUGCAGGUAGAUGACUUAGCUGCUAAUGCGGUGAACGUGGUUCAAGAUUCAAACCAAGAUAUGCCAUUAGCUGAUUUGAUGAUAGUUGAAGAUUUUUUCAAGACAUGCAAAAACGAGUUUACUGUAUUGCGAUGCCUUAUAUCUAAAGCUUCUAGUCAUAAAAAAAUUGUGCGACUACUGCAAGAGUUUAAUACUUUACAAACUACUGUUGAGGAAUUCAAAACUAAAAGAUUUCAGCUCAGUCUUUCUGAUGAUGUCAAUGGAUGUUUAACAUCGUUUUUGAUACAGGCAGAAGAGUGCCUUAAAAAUGUCCGAAAUUCUUUAGUGGAGAUCGUAAAUUCACAAUCAGAGUUAUUAUUUAAAGAACCAACCGCACAACUUAAUAAAUCGGUUGAGAUGUUGAGCAAAUUGGUUGUAGAACAAAAAGACAAACAAUUAGUUGAAGUUGUUACUAAACUUUGCAAUGUUGUCCUAGUAACAAAACCGAGUAUGGAAAAUAUACAAGUGGGUGUUAUUCAAGAAUUACAACAACCAUUAGCAAUUAAGACGAGAGAAGAUAAUCAACUAGUAAAAGCCAUGGAACAGUUCAUGGAGUAUAUUGAAGAACAGACUAAAAUCUCAUCCAGUAUCAUAACAAGCAACACUUUAAAAGAAGUACUAAAAUGUAUUCAAAAGUAUCAAGAUUUUAGAGAUGCCACACCCACAGGGAAGGUAUUAAUUAUACUGAAAUGUCUUUCUAGUUGCGCUGAUGUGUUACGAGAAAGACUCUUAGGGUAUAAACAAGUAGAAGUUACGGAACACACUGCUCCAGAGGGUAAACUUAGAAAAGUAUUAACUGAAAUGCUUGAACCUCUCCAAGUUCUGCAUAGUCAACUAGUCGAUAUUCAACACCAAGUCCUAUCUGGAGUGCAAGAAGAUUUAAUUUCAAUUGAUAUCGACUCUACUGAAUCACUUGUGAAGACAAUGACAGAAAAACACCAAGACAUAAUACAAACGUUGGAAUCCGAGGUAACGUUGGUUGCGAAUGAAGAAUUAUCACUUAUAAUGGAAGUAGAUAAGGAAAUUCACUCGAUCCAAAACGCUAUUAAAUCUGUCGAGGAUGUACAAGCUACACAAUCUAUGGUAGAAAUAGCUAAACCUAUAGAAAUCAUUGAAAAAUCUCUUCAGGAUAUCAUUUCAUCCGACAAAUUAGCACUCGAGAGCAAUGAAAAACUUCCAAAAGAUAUCAAUUCAAAUAUUGAUUCGUUGGAGUGUGCACUUGAGCGUUUCAUAAACAUUGAAAUAGAUCUGAUGGUAGCGUCUAUGCUACUAGUUGAUAUAGACGUAAAUGAAAGUAUGCAGUUAGCCGUCGAACUGAAAAGCUUGUUAACUCUCAGCCCUAAAGAAUUGGCAUCGCCAAAAGUAGUUGAAAUGAAAAACGAAACUAUUGCGUCUCUCAAAGCUAAUUUAUCUAAAUUCGAUUGGCUAAACACAGACGAAUGUUUAAAAGGAAAACCUCUAUUGCAAGUAGAAAAAUUGAAACGCGUAUUUUUGACGACUUACCAACUCUUGACUGAACUCAAUAAUGUCAAUCAACCGGCCAAGACUAAAUUUAAUGAAAUUAAACAGGAAGAAAAAGCUGCUGAGCUCAUUCAGCAUAUAGACCAGUAUAUUGAAUUAAUAGAAAUUGUAGAAGAGAUAUCAGCUAUAAUAAAAAUAGAAGAUUUAAAAGAAGCCGUCGAUAUAGCAAAAGAGCUGCGAGAAAGUAUAUCGACCUCUGAAGCUAUGAAAGAAGAAGAGACUGGUGAGAUAACCCACGAGAUUUCUACUGAACAAGCACGUCUUGCUCUUAAAUUGCAAAGAGCUUUAAUGGCGUUACAUGUCCAGGUGCUUGACAGCGCUCAAGAGCUUGCUCCAGAACUCAGUACAGAAGUACUACAACGGAUCGCUAAAGUGACAGCUCAAUUGCAAGCAGAUUUAGUGGCAGUCACAGGUGUACAUGUUGCGGUGCAAGCACCAUCAGAAUUAAUAGAAACUGUUAAAUGUGUUCAAAGUGUAGAGAAAGAGACUUUAACUGUUCAGACUGUUCCUACGGAGGCAGCUAUCGAAGAAACGGUAGCUACUGUUUUAGAGCAAGUUGAAGAAGUCAAAGCACCAGAAGAUGAUAAAAAUGAAGCUUUUGUUAGUAUAAUGGAAAAGGAAUCUGUCCAGCUGCAGGAGAUUGUAGCUGCUGAAGAAGAACAGCCUUUAGUAGAAAAAAUCAAACCUGAAUCCCGAAUAAUGCCGACGGCAGAGGAAGCAGAGUCUCUUGCAAGCACUACCACAGAAAUUGUAGAUCAGACAUUGGACAGAAUAACUGAAAUAUCUCCAGCUGAACAAGCGUCUAUAAAGGUUAUAGAAGAAACAGCUGUUCAAUAUAGGGAGAAAAUUCUGUUAGAAGAUAUCACAGCUAUUGCUAUGGAAACUGGAGAGGAAGUUGCUGACGUGAUUACACAAGAACAGCCUGCUGCUGUUGAUGUUACGGAACGAGCUGUAGUAGAACAGAUUGAAGAGUUAAAACUAAUUGAUAAUGUAGAACAAGUAACUGCUAAAGAAAUUAAGGAAGAUAGUACACAAUAUCAGACUGAACAAGAUAUGAAAGAAGUUGUUGCUGAAACUAUUACCGCAGAAUCAUCAGUCACUGCAGAAGCAGCAAUUUUUGCUAUUGAUGAAAAAGCUGAUGAAUUAAAUGUAGGAACAAUUUCUACUGAAGAUGUAGUUAUUGCAGAAAUUGUAAAAUUAGUAGAUGAACAAGUCACGGCUAGUGAACCAAAGACACUAGAUUCUGAAGAAAAAGUAGAUAUAAAAUCGGCUGAAGAAAUUCUGAGUGUUGAAAUCACUGAAAGUGCUGCGAUUGAAAAAGCUGAAUACAUAAAGGUCGAAGAAUUAAUAAUGGAUAACCAGCUAGCUAAAGCUACUGAACAGACUACUAGUGAUGAUCAGGAACCUAUUACUUCUCAUGAUAUGGCGAUCGUAACAUCUAAGGAAGUCGUGGAACAAACUACUACACAAGCAGAAGAUACUGAAGAAUUGUCUUUUGGAAAAGCAACUAGUAUAGCAGAAAAAGUUACAGAAAUAUCUAAACAAAUAGCUGAUGAACAAGAACCAGAAAAAGAAGCUGUUGUAGUUCAAGAAACAUUACUGGUGGAAGAAGCCAAACCUGUUUCUGAAGUGCUACCUGAUUCAGCUGAAUUGAAAACUGUGGAACAACCUGCCGUUGAAAUAAUUGAAUCACUAUUACUUGAAGCAGUUUCACAAACUGAAGUCCAGGAAAUUAAAAUUCAGGAUGUGGCGGUUAGACUCAGUGAAGAAGCUAUUCAAGAAAUCCAAGAAAUUGUCGCUGUUGAAGAUAUUACACUGCCAGAAGAGACCAAACCUGAAAAUACUGAUGUUAUGCCUACAGAACAAGCUGCCGCUGAAACAAAUGUAGAAGUAGUAGUCGAAGAUAUAAGUAUUUCAAAAACAGAAGACAUUGCAAAGGAACAUGCAAUUCCUCGAGUAGCUGAAGUAUUAAGUGUAGCAGUUGCUAGUGAGGCAGCAAGCGUAUUAGAAGAUAUAACAUCGCAGGCUGAGAAGGCAGUAGACGAAAUUCAAGAAUCAACGACAAUGGAAGUUGCUGAUGAAAAAGUAGAGGCGUUGGUUGCUCAACAUCCGGUUCCAGUCACUGAAGAUAUGAAAUCACCUAUUGAUAAACUCAAACAACAUAUCGACGAGUUUGUGUGUGAAAACUUGGUUGAAGAAAUUCAACAGUUAUCCAAUACACCUGUUAUUGAAGGGCUCAAAACUACAAUAGCCGCAGCGAAGGAACUUAAAGAAAGUAUAGAAACACUACAACCUGAUGUUAAAGAAGUAACUGGUGAAGUAAAAGAGAUUUCAGAAGCACAAACAAAGCUUGCGCAACAACUGCAAACAGCUUUAUCAGUUAUUUACCAGCAAGCGCUUGAAACUCUAAAAGAAUCUGAUGAUGUUAAUCGAAACACGUAUGAAAAAAUUGUGGAAGUCAGUGAGAAUUUGAUGGCUGAUUUAAUCGCCGUAGUGAAUAUUGCAGAAGUUCUUGAAAGUGUACAAGAAAAAGACGAAGUUGUUGCGAUAGAAAGCCAAGUUGAUGUUUUUGAACAGCAAGUAAUUGAGGCCGCGUCAAUGAUAACCACACAGACUGGAACAGUAGGUGAUACAGAAGCUAUUAAAGAAAAAGCCAUACAGACUGCUGAAGCUAAAGAGGAAAUUGAAGUUAAAGCAGGUGAGAACGCUGAAGCGUUAGAAAAACAUGUUGCUGUAAUAGAAGAAUCUAUUGUAGUUGAAAGCAUUGAUCAUCGUAUUAUGAAAUCUGAAGAUGAAAAAAUAGAUGUUGAUAACGCAAGAGUCAUAGAAUCAGCGGUAUCCAUUGAAUCCAAAGCUUUAGAAAGUGAAGAUCUUUUACCAGAAGAAAAAGGAGAAUCAUUGCAAAGUAUAGCAGUCAGUGAAGAAACUGAGCUGGUGGAGUUUAAAGAGGUUUCUACUGACAAACCUAAGUCUAUAAUACAGGAACAAGCAAAGGAAAGUUCCGAAGAUGCAUUGGCUAGAGCAUGUGUCGAAACACUAAUACAACACAUGAACCAAUUCAUAUCAGAAGACACAACCCAAAUACUUGAUAAGAUAUCCUCAGCACUACAAUUAGAUGAAUCCGUUAAUGUAGCUAAGGAAUUAUUGGAAUGUUUAGCUGCAUCCGAAACAACAGCCACAGAUAGUGUGGAUGCUAUUAAAAAUGAGAAAACAUUUGAAGAAAAAGCAAAAUUAGCACAAGAACUGCAAAAUGCACUAACAACGAUACAAAUGAACGUAAUUGAUAAAACUGAAGAACUAGCUCCUGUUGUUGGUAAUAAAGGAUUAGAAAGUGUAACAGAUAUAGUUGUCAAUUUAGCUGUUGAUCUAUCAGCUCUAAUAGGCCAAGUGGUUGUGCAAAUGUCUGCUUCAUCUGAAAAUAAUCAGGCUAGAAAGAUAGAAAUAACUGUUCCCGAGGAGAAAAAAUAUAUUGAAGUACAAUCAGCUCUGGAAACUGCAGAAAUAGUGGAAGACAUCAAACCAACCAUAACUGAGGAGGUAAUCCCACUAUUAAUACCAGUGGAUUCAGUAGUAAAUGUGCCCUCAGAAGAAACUAUAUCUCAAUCAUCGGAAGCUGUAGUAAUUCAGGCUGCAAUUGAACCUAUUGACCCUCACGCCGUUUUAGUUAUGCAGUCAAUACCUAUAGAAAAUACAGAAGCCUUAUCAAAACAAGAUACAGUAGAACAACGUACAGUUACUGAGGUCAUAAAAACUCAAUUAAAAACUGCAGAUUCCGAAAGCAUUGAAAUAACAGAAUCUAAAAGUGAAGUCAAAUAUGAAAGUGUUGACAUUAAAUCAGCUGAAGAAAUUGAACAACAAAUAGUUCCUCAAGACGUCGCAGAACAGAUAGUAUUGCCGGACGAAAUAAAAAAAUUGCAGGAGGAGAAUAUUUUACAUGUAACUAAUACCGCUAGCCAUCUUGCUGAAAAAAAAGAAAUUAUUCUUGAUGAAAGAGUAGGAUCAAUAUCAGAACAACAACAGAACGUGGCUGAUAUUGUUGCAGAUAGUGCAACUGCAAUCUAUAACACUCAAUUGACUGGGACUGAACAAGUUGAACUAUUAAAAGUAGAUAAUUUAUUGCCACAGAAAACAUCAGGCACUGAUGAUACUGCCAAUGAAGUGGUUACUAGGGAGGAAGCACCUAUUAUCUUAGAACAAACGACGGUAAUUAAAGACGUUCAAUUAGAAUCAGAUGAGGCAAACUUGAUUCAGGAAGUUAAUCUAGCUUCAGUUCAAAUAUCUACUCCCGAACAAUUGGUCAUAGCUGCAAGUCUCCAAGAUCUUCAUACUGAAGAGACGAAGAAUUUAAAUGGGAAAAAAACAGAAGUAGAAAUACAAAAACAAGCUAAAAGUAAAGAAAUGGAGUCACUGCCGCUGCAAGAUGUUGGCAUUAAUGAAGAAGUAGUUCAAUCAACACGAGCGCCUGAAUCAAUCGCAAUUGAAAAGACUUCGGCUGCUGAUUCUGUCAUGCGUUUCAUUGAGGAAUAUACAACAGGUGAUGUUUUUAAAGUGAUAAAAAGUCUUUCAUAUGUAGUGGACUGCGAAGAAAUAAAAGAUUCGAUUGUAAUGGCUAAAGAACUACAAAAUAAAUUUGAUGCAGUAAAGGAGUCGAUUGAUGCUUGUAAAGUUUCUCCUGAAUUAACGUUACUGAUUGAAAACCUUGUUAACGCAUUGACAAGGGUAGAAAUACAAUUAGUGAUAUGUGGCCAAGAUUUACGUCCGGUAUUCAACGAUCAAAAAAUAGAAAAAGCUUUAAGUGCAACCGAGCAACUCAAUAUAGCUCUUGCAAAUUUAAUUACUGGUAGUGUAAUAGAGGAAACACCGUCUGAUCAACAAAAAGAAACUAUAGGCCUUGGUGAUGUGUUACCGAUGACAUCUGACUUGCAUGAAAGUGAAACAAUCAUAUCAGAACAAAAGGAUCAUGUUAUUACACAUAUGCCAAUAGAGGAAACAGCGGCUUUAGAAUCUUCUGUAGAUUUAAGUGAGAAACAUGAUACGAACGAUACAAUAUUGAAAAGUAAAGAUGUAGCUAAAGACGGAGUCUUAAUAACUGAAGUUGCAACAGAAGACAGUAAAAGUAGUAUAAUUGAUAAUAUUAAAGUGGACAAAAUAAAUGUGGCUGAGAUAGAUCAGAAGGUCACAGAAGAGAAAUUCAGUGAAUCGCAAAACGCAGAUAUAACAAUUGUAAAAGACUCUCUAGUAGAAGUGCAAGUGGAAAAAGAUUCGUCUCUUACUGAAUUUAGUGAAUCAAAUGGAAUAAAGAACAAUGAACCGAUUACGCAGGAAUACCCAGUAGCAGUUGAUGAUGAUAAUAAUUUAAAUCAAGAUAUCGAAGCACCCUUUACAAAAGCCUUUGAUGCUGCAUCCACGAAUAUUUUGAAUGCGACUUCCUCGGCUGAUCAAGUUCUUGUAGGCAAAUCAAAAAUGGACGCAAUGCAAAAUGUUGUUCAAUUAUAUAAUGAAACAUAUACGAAUAUGGAGACAGAAAAAACAAAUUUACAUGAUCAAACACAAAACGUAAUAAAUGAUGAAGUAACUGAAAAAGACAUUACACAAGAAGAUACGAGUACUGACAUAAGAAAAGAUAAGACCGAAGUAUUCCAAGAUGCUGAAGUAGCACAGGAAAAUAUUGAUGUACAAAUACAUAAUGUAGCAGAAAACGCUAAUAUUAUUGGUACUGACGAGUCCAGUGCUAAAGAUAUAUUAGAUGUAGUUAUCUUAGGCACUGUUUCUUCAUUGGAAGUAACUUCUAUAGUAAGGGAUAUUGCUUCUAGUACUCAUCAGAAGUUGAAAGAAAUUGUCCCUAAAGAAGGCACUGAGGUAGUAUCUCUUGAAAUAGUAGAAAACGUCGUUGAAGGUGCUGUGGAAUCCGUGCAAUUAAAUUAUUUGGGAAAAGAAGCAAAUAAUAAAACCCAUCAGCCUAUAAUACUAGAACAGGUCAUUGACAUCAAGGAAGCGGGAAUAGGAAUAACGCAAGCGGGGUCUUUAUCAGACGUAACAUUAGAUAGUCCUGUGGCAUGCCACGAAAUUGAGCCGGUUAUUUUAGAAAGUUUAAUUCAUACUGACGAACCGACUAUUAUAAAACCAACUGAUGUAGUCGUAGAAGAACAAAUAGCUAUAAACAAAUAUGAAAUGAUGAUAAUUGAACCUGUAACUCCGAUUGAGGAAAUAGAAAAAGUAGUUGGUUGCCCAUCAGAUACUGAUUAUAACAUUUUAGAAAAAGUUGUUCCAAAUCAAGAUACUGCGCCAGUUAUACUUGAACAAAUCGAAGAAAAUAUUAAAAUAGUGACGGAAACAAUCGAAUUUAAUAAUUUGGAUAAGAAUACAGUUCAUGAAAAUAUACAGCACGUCGCGUUAGAAAACAUUGCACCUCUUGACCAAGAUCUGCAAUUUUCUACCGACCAAUUAAUUGUUACCGAAAGUGAAUCAAAAAUGUUGAAUGAAAAAUUUGUUCCAAGUCAAGAAAUUAUGCCACUUUUACUAGAGCAGCUACAAGAAGAAAAAGAGGUCUCUGAACUACACCUUGUAAACGUUAACAAAGAAAAAGAAGGUGACGUUAGUCAUGUAAUUGUAUCAGGUUUAUGUAAAGAUAUAGCAAUUGAGGAAAAAACAAUAGAACCGAAAGUUGUAAAUAUUCAAGAGAUUGCUAGCGAAAUUACCCAACCUUUAAUUAUAGAGCCGCUUCCGUCUAUCGACGAUAUGAAUAUGGUUGAAAUUCAUUCGUCAGAAGUAGAUGAACGCAUUCAGUCAACAUCAGAAAAAUCUGCUAUAAUCCAUGACGAACCAAUUUUGUUAGAAGCGGUUAUUACUGACGAUAACCAAGUAGUGGAAUUUUCGUCUGAUGUUAGCACAAAGGAAUUUAUGGUUGCGACUGAAACUUCUCACCCAGUUUUUGAUUGCGAAUCACCGAUUAAAGAAGUUCCUCUUGAAUCAGCAAAUUUUGUACAAUUAGAUGAAUAUGCCGAGCCUGUUAUAGCUCCUAAUCAAGAGCAAAUCCCAACUUCAUUAGAAGUCGAGGGAAAUAUGAAAAAUGUUAUUAAUAUAUCUGAUAUUCGACAUGACAAACACACAGUGGCUCUAAGUGAACAACCACUUAUUUUAGAACAAGCUAUGCCCAUAAAAUUGGAGCACGAAAUAGCUGAAAAUUUUAUAGGAGGUGCUGACGCAAUAAUUUCCACUGAAACCAUAGAUCCGAGUUCAGUAAGACAAGUUAACCCGACUCAACAAAACUUAGUGAAUCUGAAAGUCCUAGAAUGUUCUGAGAUUGACGUGGAUAAUGUAGUUGUAUGUCAAGAAAAUGACCUAUUAGAAAAAGUUAAGAACAUUGAGAAUUCAAUUCCGUUAAAUACUAUUGAUUUUGAACCACAAGUACGAACUGCUAAUAUGUUGGAAACUAUUGCAGUUGAAAAUGUUGCACCGAUCGAACAGGUGGAGCAAACAACUUUGAUGUCUUUAGAAGUUUUAGAAUUGGAAAAGAUUGCUUCUAAUAUCACAGCUGAAUUAGUUCUUGAGAAAAUGGAAGAUACCAUUAAAAAUGAAAAAGAAAUAAAAGAAACAUCAAUAUCGGAAGAAGCAAUAUUGACAAUAGGUGAAGUUUCGUGUGAUGAAGUUGCAGAACAAAAUAACAUAAGCAAUGAAAAUGAAGAGUUUGAAAUUCCAGAUUCUUCGGAUCCUCUUUUACUGAAAAUAUCAAUUCCACUUGAAGUGAUGCAUCCCUUUUUAAUGGAGCAAACAGUGUGUAUUGAUUCCCAAGAUGAUAUCGAUAGUGAAAUUUUUCACGAAGCAAUAUCUGGUGAAGAGGUAACCGAAAAUAAGGAAAUUGUUGAUAUUUCUACUUCCGACGCCAGUUGUAUUAUGAGUGAAGUUAUAAAAGACAUUAUUAUAGAACCUUUAAUUUAUAUAGAAGAGAAGAGUUCUGAAUCAUCAACAGCUGUGGUGAAAGUUGUGGAUGAUCAAUCAAAGGUAGACGUAGUAAAAGACAAUAAACUUAUGGCUAACGUACAAUCUCAGCCAACAUUAUUAGAAACGACGACACCCAUGCAGGAGUUGAAGCUACUAACUACAAGCUUAGUGAAUGUUGAAGAAAUUAACUUUGAUAAAAUGUUGCCUAUUCAAGAAGAGUCUGUGAUAUUAGAGGAAGCGGAUGAACGUCUUCAGAUAGCCACAGAACAAAUUAAAUCUGUUAUCAAACAAAGGAAUGUAUUCACAGAAGAUUUGCCACCACUUAUUUUAGAACAGGUUGCACCUAUGUUAAUGGGAGAAAGUUUAACGACAGAUCAAAUAAGACCCACUGUAGAUACUGAAACUACUUUAGUUUCGACACAGCAAGUAAAUCCAAUUCAAGUGGAACCGUUAAAUUAUAUACUUGCACAAGACAAAAAUUCAAACGAAAUAUUUUCACCUUUAAUACUAGAAGAUAUAAGUCCUAUUGAAGGGUUAUCUUCAGUCACUACAGAUAAAUGCGCUGAAAUAUCAACGGAAGCUAAAGAUACAAGUGAAAUAAAUGAUAGAAAUAAUGAUACAUGGUACAUAGGAGAAGUCAUGGAACAAAUAAUUUUGGAACCAGUGACGCCUAUUGAAGAUAUAGAUGUUAGUAUUGCUUCUUCAAGGGAACUUAUCAAUGAUGCUUUUGAUAAAUGUGUGGUAUGUCAUGAUACUUGUCCAAUAUUGCUGGAAAGUGUUGAAUCGAAAGAAUUUUAUGCAACAAAGAACAUUGUGGAUAUUGAAGGAAAAGAAAGUGUAACGGUUCAAGAAGUUUCACACGAUUUGAAAGAGAGUUUAGGACGAAUUGUCGAGGUGAAUCCUAUCUCUAUAACUUCAAUAGAGAUAGAAAACACGUUGGAUGAAAAACUUGUAGCAACUCAACUGUCAGAACCAAUGUUGUUAGAGAUAGUUGACAAUGACACAUAUAAUAAUAAUACAUCCAAUAUCAGCCAAAGUACUGUUGAAGUGACAGAUGACUCUAAUUCUCAAAUAAAAAUAAAUGAAACUAUAAAAAAUACUAACCCAGUUUUAAAUGAUUCUUUGUUUGCAUUAAAUGAAACCGUGCAGCCUAUGGUUUUAGAACCACUUACACCUAUUGACGAUAAAAUACUUGAUUAUGUGUCAGCUGAUUUAAUUGAUGUUGACGUGCUAUCUGUAAAACAUGCUAUGUGUCAAGUUAAGGAGCCUACAAUACUAGAUACUUUGAAACCAAGCGUUGACUCUCAACUAGGGACCGAUGAAGUGUCAUUGCGGCCAAAUUAUGAAAUUACACUUGAUAUUUCUCAACCAAUAAUAACUAAUACAUUGGCAGCGUGCGAAGAAAUAGAUUCCAUACACAAGACGGCAGGAAGCAAAUAUGGGUUGUCUGAAAAAAUGGUCGCCACAUACCAAUUAGAACCUGUAAUACAUGAUCAAACGCGUCAAUUAAAUGAUGUGGUAUAUGAAAAGGCUACGGUAAACAACCUCGUUGAAAAAACUAGAGAUGAAAAAUUGCACACAUUACCCGAAGCAACAGAGUUUUUAGCAUUAGAAACCCUUACAAACAUCCAAGAUUCAAUAAAGGACGUUGCGCAAAUAUCAGACCAAGCUAAUCCAUGUUUCGACAGUGCUGAAGCGAUUAUAACCAACGCAUCAAUGGCGUGUGUCGAAGCUCUAGCAUUUACUGUAGAAGAUAUUAGCGAAACUGCGAAUACUAGUGUCGAAAAUAUAGUUUUGGAUACUUCUGUAAUAAACGAAAUCACACACGAUGUCACCACAGACACUAAAACGAUAUCGGAACACACAACCGAGCACAGUCUUAUCGAGCACAUAAAUGAAUUGGCAUCGGACGAGGUAUCCGAAGCUAUUGAAAAUAUAUCUGCAGUAACUAAUAAGGAAGAAUUAAAGGAAUCAGUGGUUGCGGCAAAAGAGCUUAGAGAAUGCGUGGCCGGUCUUUGUGCAAAUAUAGAAGAAGAGGCAGGAAUCAUGCCUGCGUCUAGCAAAGAAAAGGCGCAAUUGGCACAAAAACUUUUGGAUUCUCUGAUCGUUUUAAAUACACAAAUUUUGGACAACGCGCAGGAUCUAACCCCGGUUAUUGAGACUAGCACCCUAGAGAAGGUAGCGAGUAUCAUCACGCAUUUAAAGGAGGAUUUGCAGACAGUUGUAGUAAUCUACGAACCAGGUGUUUUUACUGCUGAUAUUCAAAAAAUUUGCGACAUACCGGAAGAAAAUUCCUUGAAACGUCUAGAACUAUUGUUGCAAGAAGUAAAUGCAAAAAUCAAUUUGGCAUCACCUGACCGUAACGCAGAAGACUCGGAAGUUCUUCGCGACACAUUAGAUGAAGUGCAGACUGUGAUUAUAAAACUAAAACGUGAUUAUGAUGAGGCUGUUAACGACGCUCUCAAUGAAACUCUUGAGGAUUUAGAGUGCAGUGUGAGGAGCGUCCAACUUCAAAUAAAUGAAGACAGCCCACCGGAACUAUUGAAGGAAGCUUGUGCGACGUUACAACUUCUACUUAACAAUAUGAGCGAGACUCAGAACAUGGAAAUCUCUGAAACUGUUAUAAAAGAUAAAAAAUCACAGACGCUGCUUGAAAAAUGCUCUGAAGAAACACAAGAAACAGUUAAAUUAUUAGAUGAUGCUUGUAAAAUUGAAGCUGUAACUCAUACUAAUUUGGCUAACAUUGUAUCCGAUUUAAACAAGCUUAAAGAAACCAUAAAAGCGCUGCGACUUAACUUUUUGAGCGACGCUCAAACGAUAAUUGAUAGAGGUAUUGACGUCACGCAAAGCUUGGACCAAGUUGAAGAUAGAGUCUAUUCCUUGGAGAAGGAUAUUGACAACGAAAGACAAAUGCCUUCGGAAGUAAGAGAUUGUAUAAUCACAGCUAUACAUUCCGUUUUUGGGAGCAUAUCAAACAUGCGUAGUACAAUAUCAAGUAUCCAGAAAAGGUAUAUGUUCGAAAACUAUGGAAAGCCCUCAGAGACUCUGCUGAGGACCAUAAAGAAUGUAUCAGAUAUAGCAAAAUUAGACGAAGAAGAGAAAAUACCUGAUUGGAAAAAGUUUUCUAAAUCAUUAAGAAAAGUAUUAAACCAUUUCGAAGAUAUUAAAUUUUAUAUAAAUUUAGAUAAAACAGCACGACUUCCGAGUGACGCCGCUUUUACGAAAAUAAUAUUAGAAGAUUUAAAGCUUUGUAUUAAUGAAGUUAUAAUUACACAUGAAAUAAUGACUAAAGCAGAAGAAAGUAAAAAAGUUAAAGAUACUUUGAAAUGCGUAGAUAAGUAUUUAGGAACAAUAGAAUCGAAAUCUGCAUUAGACGUUAAAGAAAAAAUACCGAUAUUUAAAGAUAUAGCUUCUAGAAUUUACGAUGUUUCCGAUGCUAUAAAGAAAGCUUUAAAGAUAUUUAAAGUAACAGAGAUUGAAGUUGAACUUGACGAAAUGACUGAACCGGAUGCUAAAAUAAAUGCAGCUGUAUCUGAAGAAAUAAAAGGCGAGGAAUCGGCAACUAAAGUUGAAAUAGAUCAAGAAAAACUAGAUCUACAGCAAGCCGAAAUGCUCGAUGUUGAAGCAUCUGAAAGCUCUUUAAGGCACACUGAAGAUGUUUUAGUUAAAGAUGCUAUUAUUCUAAUUGCUGCAGAAAUUCAAAACAAAACUGAGGAGUCAUCUGAUGAAAUUUCAAAAUUAAUCGCUACUGAAAUGUCUACUGACACAAAACAAACUGAAGAAACUGUUUUAAUUCCAGAAGAAGAUAUUAAAUCUGAGGUUGUGCUACAAACUAUAGAAACAGUUGUUCUACAUAAAGCGGAAGUAGCUCAAGCAAUUGCUGAUGUCCAAAUCUCUCCUGAUAUCCAAAAAGACGAGUUCGUUGUAGUAUAUGAUAAUGAAGAAAAAUUGGAGGUUAUGACUAUUUCAUCUCAAAAGGAGGAAUCAAGCGAUCAAGCGCUUCAAAGUAUAGUCGAACAAAAGGCAGAUGCACAAACGGCUAAACGUGAAAAAAUAGAAUUUAAGGCUGCUAAAGAGGUGGAAGAAACACAAGAAAGAAUUGAAGUUGAAGUUGUAGGUGAUUCCCAAGUUCAAGAACAGGUUGUGCUAGAUACUGAAAGGUCACGCACUCAAUUAGAAGGAAGUAUCGACAAGAACAGGGAAAAUAUUAGCCAACAAGAUAAAUACGAUACUUUCGAGACAGAAACAAACAUUGUUCAAGAAAAGCACGACGAUUCCUUAUUAGUGGAAGAAGAGUCAAAGCAAUCUUUAGUAAGUACUGAAGAAAAAAAAAAUGUUACUGAAUUAUUAAGAGAAAAUAAUGUGUCACAAAAAGAAGUCGCUCAAGAGACAGCUGUACCUGCAGAUAAUUCAAUAAAAAAAAAACUUAAAAUAGACGCAAACUUAGAAGACAUAAGCGUUCAACAAGAGUGUAAUACUACUGAUGAUAAAAGUGAUGAAACAAAAAUAAAAAAGAAAAAGUCGCCUAAAAAGAAAGCCAAAUCUGCGAAGACAUCACCCGGAGAAGAAGAAACCAAAAUUGAGCAAAUAGAAAGUGAAAUAGUGGACACGGGAAGACGAAGUAUAAAAGAAAGAAAAAUCAGUGACGUAGAAGAAAAGAAAGAAGAAGAACAAACGCCAACUGAAGAAAAAGCAAUAACAGUCAUAGAAGAAGUAGAAUCACCAGCGGUACAAGAAGAAAAGGCAACGGCCAGUUUACAUGCUGGAGAUGUUGAUAAAGAUGACCAAAGCUACAAAAAAGAAUUUGAAAGAUUAGAUGAUGAAAUGAAAGUAAAUGCAAAUAAACCAGAAAAACUUGGUCAAGAAAAGGUUAUCGAACAGGAUAAAAGUAAGACAGAAACAAUUGGAAAAGAAAAUAUAGUACAGGAGGAACCUGAAAAACAUAGAUUACAAAAAGAGGAGCAAAAUAAAGUAACGGUUAAAAGUGAAAUAAAAGAAGAAAACCUUGAUAACGAAAAGAAAGAAAAAGUAAGUUUGGAUAAGAAAGAGCCGGAGAAAGAAAGCGAAGGAACGGAAAAGCUUGAAAAAGAAAGAAUGGAAAGGGAACAACUGGAAACAAAAAGAUUAGAAAAAGAACAAAUGGAAACGGAAAUAUUAGAAAAGGAGCUACUAGAAAAAGAACAUCUUGACAGAGCAGAAGUAAAAAAACAACAAAUUGAACAAGAAAGAUUAGAAAAAGAAGAGCAAGAGAAACUUGUAAAUGAAAAGGAAGAAAAAGAAAAAUUCAGACAGGAUAAAAAAGAAAAGAUAAAAGAGGAAAAACAAGAAGAGAGACUUGAAAAAGAGUUAACUGAAAAGGAGAAAAUAGAAAAAGAGCAACUUGAAAAAGAAAGAUUGGAAAAGGAACAACUUGAUAAAGAAAGAUUAGAAAAAGAGCAAUUUGAAAAGGAGAAAAUAGAAAAAGAUAAACUUGAAAAAGACAGAUUAGAAAAGGAGAAAAUAGAAAAAGAGCAACUUGAAAAGGAAAGAUUAGAAAAGGAGCAACUCGCAAAUGAGAGAUUAGAAAAAGAAAAACUGGAAAAGGAACAUCUUGAUAAAGAAAGAUUAGAAAAGGAGCAAUUGGAAAAGGAGAAAGUACAAAGAGAGCAACUUGAAAAAGACAGAUUAGAAAAAGAAAAACUAGAGAAAGAGCAACUUGAAAAAAAAAGAUUAGAAAAGGAACAUCUUGAUAAAGAAAGAUUAGAAAAGGAGCAAUUGGAAAAGGAGAAAGUAGAAAGAGAGCAACUUGAAAAAGACAGAUUAGAAAAAGAAAAACUAGAGAAAGAGCAACUUGAAAAAGAAAAAUUAGAAAAGGAAUAUCUUGAUAAAGAAAGAUUAGAAAAGGAGCAAUUGGAAAAGGAGAAAGUAGAAAGAGAGCAACUUGAAAAAGACAGAAUAGAAAAAGAAAAACUAGAGGAAGAGCAACUUGAAAAAGAAAGAUUAGAAAAGGAACAUAUUGAUAAAGAAAGAUUGGAAAAGGAACAUCUUGAUAAAGAAAUAUUGGAAAAGGAGCAAUUUGAAAAGGAGAGAUUAGAAAAGGAGCAACUCGAAAAUGAGAAGUUAGAAAAAGAAAAACUGGAUAAAGAGCAGAUUGAAAAAGAAAGAUUGGAAAAGGAACAUCUUAAUAAAGAAAGAUUAGAAAAAGAAAAACUGGAAAAAGAGCUACUUGAAAAAGAAAGAUUGGAAAAGGAACAACUUGAUAAAGAAAGAUUAGAAAAAGAAAAACAGGAAAAGGAUCAACUAGGAAAAGAAAGUGUAGAAAAAGAGCUAAUUGAAAAGGAAAGAUUGAAAAAAGAGGAACUUGAUAGAGAAAAAAUUGAAAAGGAACAAACUGAGAAAAUAAGAUUAGAAAAAGAAGAGCAAGAAAAGCUUGAAAAUGAAAAGCAAGAGAAAAAAAAAUUGAGAAAGGAGAAAAAGGAAAAUCAAGCAAAAGAAAAAUUGGAAAAAGAGAAACGGGAGAAAGAAGAAGAGCAACUUGAAAAAGAAAGACUAGAAAAAGAGCAAUUAGAAAAAGAAGUAAUUGAAACGGAAAAAUUAGGAAAAUCCCAAGUCGAAAAAGAAAGAGUCGAAAAGGAGCUUCUUGAAAAAGAAAAGUUACAAAAAGAACAACAAGAAAAAUUAGAAAGAGAAAGGCUGGAAAAAGAGAAGCUCGAGAAAGAAAAGGAAAAAAUAGACAGACUAGAUAAAGAAAGCAUAAAAGAGGAGCAACUUGUAAAAGAAAGAUUAGAAAAAGAGCUACUUGAAAAGGAAAUGUUAGAGAAAGAAGAGCACGAGAAAUUUGAAUGUGAAAAGAAAGAAAAUGAAAGGCUGAGGAAGGAGAAAGAAGAAAAGACCAAAAGAGAAAAGGAAGAAAAAGGAAGAUUGGAACAAGAAAACUUAGUGAAAGAAAAAGAAGAAAAAGAGAGACUUGAAAAAGAAAGGUCAGAAAAGGAACAAAUUGAUAAAGAGAGACUAGAAAAAGAGAAACUUGAAAAGGAAAAGGUAGAAAAAGAAGAGCGAGAAAAACUCGAAAGUGAAAAGAAAGAGAAAGAAAAGCUGAGAAAAGAGAAAAGAGAAAAGAUCAAAAGAGAAAGAGAAGAAAAUGAAAGAUUGGAACAAGAGAAGUUAGACAAAGAAAAAGACAGACUUGAAAAAGAAAGGUUAGAAAAAGAGCAACUUGAUAAUGAAAGAUUAGAAAAAGAAAGACUUGAAAGGGAAAAGUUAGAAAAAGAAGAGCACGAGAAACUCGAAAGUGAAAAGAAAGAAAAAGAAAAGCUGAGAAAGGAGAAAAAAGAAAAGAUCAAAAGAGAAAGAGAAGAAAAUGAAAGAUUGGAACAAGAGAAGUUAGACAAAGAAAAAGAAGAAAAAGACAGACUUGAAAAAGAAAGGUUAGAAAAAGAGCAACUUGAUAAUGAAAGAUUAGAAAAAGAAAGACUUCAAAGGGAAAAGUUCGAAAAAGAAGAGCACGAGAAACUCGAAAGUGAAAAGAAAGAGAAAGAAAGGCUGAGAAAGGAGAAAAAAGAAAAGAUCAAAAGAGAAAGGGAAGAAAAAGAAAGAUUGGAACAAGAGAAGUUAGAUAAAGAAAAAGAAGAAAAGGACAGAUUUGAAAAAGAAAGGUUAGAAAAGGAACAACUUGAUAAUGAAAGAUUAGAAAAAGAGAAAAUUGAAAGGGAAAAGCUAGAAAAAGAAGACUACGAGAAACUCGAAAAUGAAAAGAAAGAGAAAGAAAAGCUGAGAAAGGAAAAAAAAGAAAAGAUCAAAAGAGAAAAGGAAGAAAAAGAAAGAUUGGAACAAGAGAAUUUGGAUAAAGAAAAGGGCAGACUUGAAAAAGAAAGGUUAGAAAAGGAACAACUUGAUAAAUUAAGACUAGAAAAAGGGCAAAUUGAAAAAGAAAAGUUAGAAAAAGAAGAGAAAGAGAAACUUGAAAGUGAAAAGGAAGAAGAAAGAUUGAAAAGAGAAAAGGACGAAAAAAUCAAAAGAGAAAAGGAAGAAAAUGAAAGGUUUGAAAAAGAGUAUCUAGAGAGUGAAAAAGAGAAACUUGAAAUGGAAAAAUUAGAAAAAGAGCAACUUCUUAAGGAGAAAACAGAAAAAGAAAGACUAGAAAAAGAGCUAAUUAAGGAUAAGUUAGAAACAGAAGAACAAGAUAAACUUGAAAGUGAAAAGAAAGAAAAAGAAAGAUUGAGAAAGGAGAAAAGAGAAAAGGUCAAGAGAGAGAAGCAGGAAAAAGAAAAAAAUGAAAUAGAAAGCUUAGAAAAGGAGCAUCAAGAAAAAGACAAGUUCGAGAAAGAAAAGCUAGAGAAGGAAAAGCUUGAGACAGAAAAGAAGGAAAAAGAGGGGCUGAGAAAAGACAAAAUAGAUUUUAUAGUUGCUGAGGAGAAUAAAACACCAGAGAAAAAGAAAAUAAUCAAAAAGAAAUCAAGAGACAGUGACGAAUCUAAGACAAUUAAAACAACAGCUCAGAGAGAUAUUAUUUUAUCAGAAGAUGAUACCGCAAAAGAGGAUAAACAGCUAAAAAUACAGCAUGAAGUAGAAGAAAAAGCACAAACAAGCAAGAGUAAAGAAUUUCAGACUUCUUCAGAGGAAAUUGUGCAGAAAGGCACUAGAAAAUUCGAUGAACUUCAAAGUUCAAUUAGAACCGCGGAAAAUGGCCACAUAUCUAUCGAUAGGCGGGAAAGGCAAGAGGAUGUUUUUACUGGUGAAUCUUCUCGAAGACAUGAUGCCAGAGAAAUUCCAAAGUUUGUAGAUCACAAUCACAGAAAUUACACUAUGGAAUUUGCUCGACCCUCUGGCUACAGAGAAAGAACAUGCGAUGAUCGCCCAGAAAGCUCAGAAUAUCUGUCAACCACUAAGAAUGCAACCAUUUAUAAGGCGGAGACCAUUUAUUUGGAAUCGCAACUAAGGGCUCCUGCUCCUCAAUAUAGUGAUCUAAGGAGUAGUGAACCAAGUGAACGAAGAGAACAAAGGCAGAGGUCUAAAGCGUUGAGCGAAGCAAGAAGUGUCGUGUCUGACAGGCGAGCGGGAUCUCGGGAUCUGAAACGAAAGCCGGUGUUCUCAACAUAUCUUACUGACAGAACGGCUGUGGAAGGUUCCAGAGUUAAAUUGACGUGCAGUGCUUUAUCUUCGACAGAGCUAACAAUAACCUGGUAUAAGAAUGGUGUCCUUCUGGAUAAUAAAUUAAAGUAUAGGACGAAGUUUGUAGACGGUCUUAUAACUCUAGAAGUACUGAACGCCGUGCCCAGUGACUCCGCAGAAUAUAGCUGCACCGUGGAGAAUGAGAAUGGAUCCAUUUCUACGUCUGCCAUUUUGAAAGUAUAUCCAAGCUUCGAAGCGUCUCCCAUACCACCUACAUUCACAAGAUCUAUACGAGAUACAUACCACCUCGCCGAAGACGAGUUAGUGUUGGAGUGUAGGAUCCGCGGCCAGCCUCUACCGACCAUAACGUGGCUGAAGGACGAACGGCCAGUCUCCUCGGAGCGGCAUCAGGCGUACUACCUUGCCGAUGGUGUCUGCAGGCUGGCUAUAUCACACCCCACACCCGAAGACAGCGGCAAGUACACUUGCAAAGCGGAGAACUCAAUGUGGUCCGAUCAAAUCACGCACGUCGUUAGUUAUACGGGAAGGGAAUCCCGCCUCAGCCCAAACCUGGCAACCGUAGAACGAUCUAGAUUCAACCGCCACGCUUUGGAAACACGUCGCCCUCACUUCGGAAACGUCCUCACCGACUACCAAGUCGUCAAGGGCGGGACCAUCGGCUUGCAAGUCGAGAUCCGAGGCUGCCCCACCAGGGUCGAAUGGCUACGAGAGGGUCGUUCCGUCACCGAGAUAUACAGGAACGCUAGAACAUUUGUAGAGCAUGGACUGUAUACCUUGGCUCUAUCUGACGUGACUGAGAAAGAGAGCGGACUCUAUACUUGUAGAGCUUGGAGUACUCAUGGUAAUGUGGAUAUGAAUGCUGCUAUAACUGUUGUUCAGCCUAACGAGUUGGACGGAAAGCCGGCUAUUAUAGUCGGAAGGCCGGAGAAGGACAUCCUGAUCUCUGUAGGCGAGGAUAUCAAUAUAUCUUUCAGGGUGCAGGGAGAGCCGAAGCCUAAAGUGAUCUUCAUGAAAGGCAUACGCGACAUUACAACUAGCCAGCGCGUCUGCAAGAUGACGUCAGACGACUACGUGAAGUUCACAGUAAAGAGAUCCGUCGUAUCUGACGCCGGAACCUACUGCAUUCUGGCGCGAAAUGCUUACGGAUGCGACAGAGCUUUCGUUACCGUUGUGGUGCGACAGCGGGCUUCAUCCGAAAACCUGAUAUCCGACUGGACGUAUCCGCUGGACGACACCGCGUUGUCUAUAUCCGAACGAAAAUACAAAUCCGUACCAGACCGCGUCCCGGGGGAGCCGAGCGUCGUCGACGGCGGCAACAACUGGCUCUCACUCGCCUGGCCCAAACCAGACCCGGGAGCCGUCGCGCCAGUCCUCGCUUACAAGGUGGAGUCCUGGCUCAUCGGCAAGGAAGGCGGCGCGCGCUGGGUCGAACUCGGAAUAACCCCUCUCAACUCCUUCGACGCUUUCAACUUGAAGCAAGGAGAAGAGUACCACUUCAGAGUGACUCCUCGGAACAGAUACGGUUGGGGUGAGCCCACGCAGACCUCCACGCCAAUCGGAGUUGGUUUGGCCGGUGCCAGGCCUGAGUUCGUGGAUAUUCUGCCCGGACAACUUAAGGUCCUGGCUGGAGAGACCGCUAACCUGAGCUGCAGUGUCAAGGGCAAGCCAACUCCUGAAGUGAUUUGGAUGAAGAACGGCCAUGAGAUUGAAGAGGAGGGUCGGAUGGCGACGUCGUUCAACGGAUAUGACUGCUGCCUGACCAUCAAGGAUAUUAACAAUGAGGACGAUGGGCGGUACAGUUGUGAAGCCAGUAACUUGCAUGGACGCGCUUCGACUUAUGCAAGGCUCGCUGUGGUCACCGACCGGCUUAUUUGGGAAGCCGAUGCUAAACUUAAGAGGGAGCGGUCCCAGGGUGUGGAAGGCGAGUAUCCCCCGCAGUUCACAAUGCGCCUCCGGGACAGGCGCGUGCAGGCCACAUAUCCAGUACGUCUGACCUGCCAGGUCGUGGGAAACCCGCCCCCCACUGUCACCUGGUACAAGGAUGGGGAGGAAGUGGCGACAGACAAUAGGCACAACAAGUACCAAGACGAACACUUCCACACGCUGGAGAUAGCUCCCACGAACCUGGAGGAUGGAGGAAUGUACGAGGCCCUCGCGAGGAACCCCUUUGGCGCCGUCAGUUGCCGCUGCGGGCUGGUGGUGGAUAAGGGUAUAAGGGCUUAUGUCGCGCCGGAGUUCUGCUGUGGGUUGGACCCUCUUUACAGACUGAAUGAAGGCGAAGAACUCCGAAUAUCGGCAGUAGUGGAAGCGUACCCGUCAGUGGGGGUCACGUGGUAUCGCGAUGGCGUGCGCCUCCGGCCCAGCAGGCGCGCCAUCAUGACCCUCGAUAGAGACGGGCAGAUUGAACUUGCGCUCGCAGCUGUUAGCCCCAGGGACGGUGGGGUGUACACUUGCACAGCGUCUAAUGAAGUGGGGAGAGCGUCUACUUCAGGCAAAGUGGAGGUGGUGGCCGGGGAGGCCAGCUGCGAGACGAAGCCACCAGCUGUCGUCAUUAGUCCUGAUGUGCCGUAUUCUAAGGAGCCGAUGUUCAUUCGCAAGCCGCGCUCGAGCGAGGCCUACGAGGGUGACACUGUCAUCAUACAGUGCGAGGUGGUGGGAGACCCCAAGCCUGACGUUUACUGGCUUAGAGACUUCUUGAAGCCGGAUUACUACCGCGACGCAUCGCACUUCAAACGAGUGGGAGAAGGACCGGAAUACCGGUUUGAGAUCCCGCAUGCCAAACUUGAUUACACCGGCGCCUACUCGGUUGUGGCGCGUAAUGUCCACGGUGAGGCUAAGGCAGUCAUAUCCCUCCAGAUCAAAGUCAAAGACCCUUGUGCUGCGGAGGAUGCUCAUAAUGUCAGAUACGGUCGUGUGGAAGUGCUGCCCCGGUUCGAGCGAAACCUGACCGACCUGCUGUCGUAUGACGGCGACGCGGUGGAGUUCGAGUGCCGCGUCUCUGGGAACCCGGAGCCGUACGUGCGCUGGUUCCAUUACAACGAGUUAAUACGCGAUUGUCCCGACUUCGAAGCGCUUUACGAGGAAGGUGCGGCGCGUCUCAAGAUCAAGCAGGUGACGGCCGAAGACGAAGGCACCUACACCUGCGAGGCGGCCAACUGCCUCGGCAAGGCACGCUCCAGCGCUUGCCUCGUGGUGUACCCGCCUGGUGAACCGAACAUGCUAAGCCAGCGUUUGCGGCGGCCGCCGGCAUUGUUGUCAGCUACGUCGACUCCUCGCUCCACGCCCAGGAGCACUCCAGCGAGAUCCGUCUCCAGGACACCAGGCCCGGAGCCUCGCCGUCUCUGCAGUCCAGCGCGGCAAAUGGCGCCUGCCUUCUACACCUACCCAUUCAACAAAGUAGUUGAGGAAGGUGACAGUGUAGUCUUCCAAUGCGCUGUCAAAGGUUUACCAGCACCCUGGGCGACAUGGGAUAAGGAUGGCAUAAUCCUCACCCCCACAGCUCGCAUCACCGUCAAGGAGAAAGACGAGAUCCUCAGGAUCCUGGAGAUUGACGAGGUGACAAUAGAAGACGUAGGAAUAUACAGGAUAACGGUGGAAAAUGAGUUCGGAAGGGCGGAGGCUUCUGCCAGACUAGAGGUUAUAACAAGGAAGGGAAAGUUUUAUGGGGGAUUGAGGGCGUAUAGCGUGUCGCCGAGGCGGUCCCUGGGGUACAGGAGAAGACCUUCGACGCCCAGGCAAGACUGAUGCGGCCGGUGUGUUGUAGGACACGGAUAAAAGAAACAUCAAGAGUGACGUAACGUGAAAUAAAAUUGUUUUCUUCUAAUUUAUUUUGUCUGUGCAUUUUAUUUAUUAUUUUUUAUUUAUUUAUUAAGACGCGACGUCGAUAUAACGAGUUUAUUAAGUUUUUGUUUUUUAGGUUAUGUUUAAGGGUCUUUUCACACGGCUUGCGCGAUUUUUUAUUUACAUUAAAUAUUUAGUAGUAAGAUGUCUUUUUCAUAUGUCGAGAAGUCAAAGGUUAUUUCGUACUUAAAAUGAGUAGAGACUAGUUUUAGUGAUGUAAAAAUAUUUAUAUGUUACAAUUUUCAUAUGGUGUAAAUAAACUUGGUUGAAAUUUGUUUACGAAGUGCAAUUUUGUACCAAAUAAAUUGUUUAUGUCGUAGCCGUGUGAAACGGCCUGCCACGUAAACGCUAUAGCAUAGUGUGGGAUAGUAAGUUAACGAAAAGUAUUAAUAAUAUUACGUUAAACUUAGAAAACAAAUGUAACUAGAGCGCACCCCGAUAUAUUGUCAAAUAAAAUUUAUAAACUGUU